GUAAAUAUAAAUUAUUUAGUUCAACUAUGCAAAAUUUUGGAAACAGUAUACAGCAGGUGCUUUCUGUUAAUUGGAGAAUCAUGUCAUGAAUAGCCCUCAAUCCAAUAUUUACCAUAAUUUUGAUAUUAAUUGUUCUCAUUCUCACCAGAACUGGGUUGAUCAACUGCAUGAAAUUCUGAAGGAAUCUCAAACAAUCUCAAAAUGAAGGUGAAGAAAACGAAAACUCUAACAAAAAUAGAGUUUAUGGAGAGUUCAAAGCAGUAAGGAAAGUAUCGAUGAAUUCAUACAAAGAAAAUGCAUUAAAAUAUACACGAAAGUAUCUUUCAAAGGACCAAAUCCAGGAGAUACUAAGAGUUACAAGACAAAACUUUAACUACAUCAAGAGACUAAAAGAGGAUUACAGCCAAUAAGCAAGUAUUUUCCAGUAUAACUAAUUUUUCAACUCAGCA